CACUGACUCACUGACUCACUGAGCCACUGACUCACUGAGCCACUGACUCACUGACUCACUGACUCACUGACUCACUGAUCCACUGACUCACUGAUCCACUGACUCAUUCUGACUCGCUCACUGACUCGUGUUUGAUUGGCAGAGCCCAUAAAGAGCUUCAUGAUUGAUCACUGUUGGUUUACAUACGUUUAUAUGAAACCAAACCUCCCACUGCGUUUUCUCUGAGCUGUGUAAGAUAAGAGAAACUUUAUUGAUCCCUCUUCAGUUCCGUGAUUAAAAAAACAACGUUAUAAUACGACUCCUCCCCCACGAGACUAGUGUCAAUCGAUUGAUCGACAUCAAGUGAUCGGUAUCAGUUUGUGGAAGUCGUUCUCCGGCUCUUGUACGAACAGAUAAAAGAUCAAUAUCAGUCUGGUCAUCAGACUCUCAGCAGGAAACAUGGAGUUUGUUCCCGUGAGGCGAUGAUUGACAGCUGACAUGAUGUAAACCUGAGUCGGACCCUGAAAGACGAGAAAGACGGACUUGUGUCAAAUUUAAUGUCAACGGAUAAAAGACUUUUCCUGUCUUUUCUUACAACGUGCAAAUUAAUUCAAACGUCCAAACACAAACCUGUGGCAAGUCUUGCAUCUGAUUUACGUCACGUUGGGCUCAGACCUCAGAAGGACGGAAACGAAUCAUUACAAUCUAAUAAAUCGUAAAUGAAGCUGUCACCAGGGGGCGCUGAUUCACUGUCGGUGAGGUUCCUCCCCUGAAAUAUUUCACUCUAACGCGUUGAUGAAGCGUCACUUUCUCCUGCGAUGGAGGUGGAGGGUCCUCUGCUUAUUUAACAUGUACGUUUGCUCAGAACUUAUCUUAGCCAGAUUUUUUGGGGGUUGUUGUUUUAUUUGUUUUAUUUUUUCUAAAGUUUCUCUUGUCAGAAUCAGAGUGAUUGAGGGUGAUUUGAAUAAAAUAUUUGAAAUGAUGCUGCAGUCUUGUAUUUUUAAUGUUUUUGCUUCACUAACAUGAUAAAACAGUUUGUUCCAGGCACUUUAGCCUUGGACUUAGCAUUUAGCAUCUGAAUCACAAGCUUGAUUCCAGUGUAUUUUACACUGGAUGAUGCAGCGAGGACGAGCCGCCGCAAACAUUUCUCCACCAAGUGGUGCAGCUGUCGUUGAACAUCUUGUUCGUCUGUAAAUGUAUAAAGUUCAUUUAAACAUGAGAAGAUUUUGUUUGUUUUUCAGCCCAGAAGCUCCCGGAGCCCAACACACUGUAAAAGCAUGAAGUGUGACGGAGGCUGUGUUGAGUUUUUUUCAGAGGGAGGUCAGGACUUCGGCCCGAGGCAGAAAACGACACCAUGUGUUCAGGUCACGUAUAAAACCUGCAGGAGACUGAAACAGGAAAUGAAGCGACACCGACACAUGUUCAUGAAAACAUGACAUCAUGAAACAUGCGUCGCUCUGUGUGGAUUUGGUUUGUUGGAUUCAGAGAAACAGGAAACAAGAAACUGUGAACCAGUAGAAGAAGAGUGAACCAGUAGAAACAGUAGAGGAAGAGUGAACCAGUAGAGGAAGAGAGGAUCACUGUUGGGUCUGAUCAGACCUUUGAGGACUAUGCUGAUGAUGAAGAUGAAGAUGAAGAUGGUUUGGUGGAGAAACCAGCUGCUGCUGCUGCAGUGAGACAUGGCGUCCGGUGCAGGAGGAGGAGGACGGCGGCUCCAUCACGUCGUCCCUGUCGUGCUGCUGCUGCUAUGCUCAAACCUGCACACGCACGUGUCGGGCUGCAGCUCCACAAACUGUAACGUGAACCUGACGGAGGCCCAGGGGGGGAUCACGUCGCCCUGCUACCCCCAGAAAUACCCCAAUUCGCAGGCCUGUAAGUGGACCAUGCAGGCCCCCGCCGGCUUCAUCAUCCAGCUCUCCUUCCUGGACUUUGACCUGGAGGAGGCGCCCGGCUGCAUCUACGACCAGGUGGUGGUGAACACGGGCAGCGCCGACGUCAAGCUGUGCGGCCUGACGGCCGACGGGCUGACGCUGAACUCGACGGGGAACGUGAUGGAGCUGUCGUUCAACUCGGACUUCAGCGUGCAGAAGAAGGGGUUCAGUGUGAGCUUCCGACACGUUGCCGUUGCUCUGAGGAACCAGAAGGUGAAGAUCUCGGGCGUCAACGGCCAGGUCACCGCCGUCGCCCCGUCGGUGUCGCUGCCGGCGCUCAGUCACCUGACACUGUGCUUCGAGCUGGAACGCAGAACCCAGAAACAGAACGAGUGGCUCUUCACCUACGACAGCGGCGGCGCCGUGGGGCUGAGUCUGGGCUCCGGCCCGUCCGGCACCGCGCUGGUCGUGGACGGCGUGUCCUGCUCCGUCCACUCCAUCGUGUCCUCCGCCGACUUCACCUCGUCCAUGAAGCCGUUCUGUCUGGUCUGGACGUCCUCCAACGGGCUGCUGGCCGCUUUCUUCAAUGGAAACUACUUUGCCGAGACCUGCCCCGCCUCCAGGGGCCACACGGUGCCGCCUGGGGGACGGUUCCGGUUGGGAGGGCAGCGCGGCCUCGACGGCUUCAUCUACAACCUGCGGCUGUGGGAUUACUCCAUGACGGAGCAGCAGCUGCGGGCGCUGACCUGCGACACGGUGGGAAACGUGGUGGACUGGGACAACGGCCACUGGACCAUCCCGUCCAGUCUGGCCCAGACCGACACCUCGCUCAGCUGCAGUGUCUCCCCGCCCGGCAACACCCCCCUCCCCACCAGCUGUGACUCCCCUGGACUGGGCUGCCCAGAGGAGCUGUUCUACCGGAUGUCCUUCGUGGUGGACGACGGCGGUUCGUGGCUCAGUCGGGGCGACGCGGAGCGAGUCGUGGCUCUGUGGCUGAAUCAGACCUUUCAGAACUGGACUCACUUGGUCUCCGUGGAGAACGUCAGCGUCCAGCCGGGUGCGCAGACCGGAGGAAACCUGCCGAGUUACAUUUGUCAGGCUCUGCUGGUUCAUCACUUCACCGCCAACGAGAGUCUGGGUGAAGCUGCCGUGUCGGCCCGUCUGUCCGGCAGAGAGGCUCUGAUGGAGGCCGGACUGCAGGUGCGACCUUCCUCCAGGGACGUCAAGUUAAUCGAAAACUGUCCCGAGGAGAAUCCUCUUCCCUACCGCUGGCCUGAGAGCAGACCCACCAUCACCCGCUACCUGCCCUGCUUCCCCAACAAGGACCAGAGCACGUCCAGGACCUGUCUGAUCCAUCCUCAGAACUACUCCUCCUACUGGUCGGCCGCGGACGCCAGCAACUGCACGGACAUCGACUCCAUCGAGGUGUCAGCAGAAAACGCCGCCGAGGUGGCGGAGCAGCUCGCCAACAUCACCAACACCGAGCUGCCCAGUGAGGAGGUGUCCAAGGUGGUGACGAAGGUGCAGGAGCUGGUGAACGUGGCCAAGAUCAACGUCACGCUGGCGAACACCGUCGUCACCAUCAUCUCCAACGUCAUGACGAGCUCUGAGACGAUGCUGGCUGCCACGUCCGAGAGAGCCUUGAAGACGGUCGACGAGUUGGUUCAGAAGAUCGAGUUCGACGGUCCGUCCAUCAGCAUCACAUCCAGGCACCUGGCUCUGGGGAUAUCGGCCCUCAACGCCUCCACGUUCAACGGCUCGUCCUUCAGCGCCGUCGUACCCCCCAACGCCACCGACCCGCAGGUGGUCUUCGAGUCGGAGCGGCUGAACCCUCUGGCGCAGGUCAGCCUCCCGGCCUCGCUGCUGUCCAGCGUCUCUCUGACCGAUUCCGACCGAGCGUCGCUGACCAGGAUCAACUUCAUGUUCUUCAAGAGAACCAACCUGUUCCAGAAGGAGCAGGACGGCCGCUCUUUGAGCAGCUACGUCGUGGCGAGCAGCGUGGGCAACGUCUCCGUCCGCGGCCUGACGGAGCCGGUGAUGAUAGAGAUCGCUCACCUCUCCGAACAGCUCCACUUGAAUCCGGUUUGCAUGUUCUGGGACUUCAGCCUGAACAGUGGUGCUGGAGGCUGGAACGGUGACGGCUGCAGAGUGUCCGAACAAUCCACCAGCAACAAAACCAUCUGCCUGUGUGAUCACCUCACACACUUUGGCAUCCUGAUGGACAUCUCCGGAGUCUCCGCUCACAUCGACUCGAGGAACACCAGGAUCCUGACCUUCAUCACCUACAUCGGCUGCGGCGUCUCCGCCAUCUUCUCCGCCGCCACGCUGCUCACAUACAUCGCCUUCGAAAAGAUCCGCCGCGACUACCCGUCAAAGAUCCUGAUGAACCUGAGCACGUCCCUCCUCUUCCUGAACCUGGUGUUCCUAUUGGACGGCUGGCUGGCCGGGCUGGAGCACGACGGCCUGUGUCUGUCCGUGGCCGUCUUCCUGCACUACUUCCUGCUCACCUCCUUCACCUGGAUGGGGCUGGAGUCGGUCCACAUGUACAUCGCCCUGGUCAAGGUCUUCAACACCUACAUCCGCAGAUACAUCCUCAAGUUCUGCCUCGUCGGCUGGGGUUUCCCUGCGCUGGUGGUGGGGAUCGUCGUGGCGGUGGAUAGAAGCUCGUACGGGCUGCAGGAGUACGGCAGAGCGGAGUCGGGAGACGGGUCCUCGGAGCUCUGCUGGAUCCUGAAUCCCGUCGUAUUCUACACCACCUGCGUCGGUUACUUCUGUCUGGUGUUUCUGCUGAACGUCGCCAUGUUCAUCGUGGUGAUGCUGCAGAUCUGUGGCCGCAACGGCAAACGCAGCAACCGCACGCUGCGGGAGGAGGUUCUACGAAACCUGCGGAGCGUGGUCAGCCUCACCUUCCUGCUGGGGAUGACGUGGGGCUUCGCGCUGUUCGCCUGGGGACCCGUCAGCCUCGCCUUCAUGUACCUCUUCGCCAUCUUCAACUCACUGCAAGGUUUGUUCAUAUUCAUCUUCCACUGCGCCUUGAAAGAAAACGUCCAGAAGCAGUGGAGGAGAUACCUGUGCUGUGGCCGAUUCAAGCUGUCCGACAACUCAGACUGGAGUAAGACGGCCACCAACAACACAAAGAAGGUGAGCUCCGACAACCUGGGCAAGUCCCUGUCCUCCAGCUCGUUCGGCUCCAGCACGGCCAACUGGACGUCCAUGGCUAAAGCGACGCUCAACCCGUUCACCAAGAGACACAGUAACACGGACAAACACUUCUCCAGCCACACGAGUCCCAAGUGCGUCUCUUCGUCCUCCUCCGAGAUGGAGCCCAACUCCUCCUCUUCCUCCUCCUCCUCCAUCCUCCCCGUCAGCCAGAUGAUCGACAAGGUGAAAGGUUACUGCUCCACGCGCUCCGACAACUUCUACAAAAACAUCAUCAUGUCCGACAGCUUCGCCCACAGCACCAGGUUCUAGGCCCGUUCCUCGCCUCGCGCUCUGGAACUGCAGGGUUCUUCUGGAAUUAUUGUGUGACGUCGUCUGUUGAGGUUUUCAAUAUGAAGGGGGCCAGUUGAAUCUGCCACCACGUUACUUAAGGAUUCACUUGCCCAUCGUUCUAGAACCUUCUGUGCUCUGGAACCACGAUGACAUGCUAGAACUCUCCAUCAGGCUCAGCUGCAGAGGAGGGGGGUAGAACUCCGUGGACCAUCUCCAGAGCCCGUCCAACAUUCUGGAAUCCUGCGCGUGACGGAUCUGAACUCCUUGAGAGCCUCUCUCUGUUCUGGAACCUAUCUAGAACUAUGUGUCACUCUCUGCCAGAAAGAACAGAGGCCUCUGAUAUUCUAGAACCUAGCCACUUCUCAGCUAACAUUCUACUACCCUCCGACAUUCCAGAGCCACAUUCAAGAACCCUCCAACGUUCACGAACAGUGUGUUUUCUAGAAAGCUCUGACAUUUUAGAAUUUGACGGCAUUCUAGAGCCGUCGGACAUUUGAGAACCCUCCAACAUACUGGAACAAUCUGUGUUUUCUAGAACCCUUUGACAUUUUAUUAACAUCUGACAUUCUAAAACCGUCCAACAUCUUAAAACCGUCAUACAUUCAAAACCUUCCAACAUUCUAGAACCUUCCAACAUUCUAGAACCUUCCAACAUUCAAAACCUUCCAACAUUCUAGAACCUUCCAGCAUUCAAAACCUUCCAACAUUCUAGAACCUUCCAACAGUCUAGAACCUUCCAACAUUCAAAACCUUCCAACAUUCUAGAACCUUCCAACAUUCAAAACCUUCCAACAUUCUAGAACCUUCCAACAGUCUAGAACCUUCCAACAGUCUAGAACCUUCCAACAUUCAAAACCUUCCAACAUUCUAGAACCUUCCAACAGUCUAGAACCUUCCAACAGUCUAGAACCUUCCAACAUUCAAAACCUUCCAACAUUCUAGAACCUUCCAACAUUCUAGAACCUUCCAACAUUCUUGAACCUUCCAACAGUCUAGAACCUUCCAACAUUCUAGACCCUCCAGUCUGAAAGAACCUGUCGCUAGUUGAAAAUGUUAUUUUUCUUUCAUCGUGUAUGUUGUUGGCAGAUGCAGCUCUCCGGCCUCCACUCAAAUUUUAUUCGGACAGAUUUGCAAAAAUAAAUUCCAGAUUUUUUACUUUAUCUUGUCAUCAGAAGUCACAAGGUGCUGGAGGUGUUCUGACCCGACCCAGAAACACCAUCGUCUUAUCUUUGUAUGAAAGGAUUUGAAGCAAACGGUUGAAAACCCUGAUUUCAAAUGAAAGUGAGGUUCAUCGCAGACGGGGUCCCGGGUUACGUGUUGCCGGGUCACGUGUUGCCUGGUUACGUGUUGCCUGGUUACAGGCCGGUCAGAGGACCUGCGUGUGAAUCCAUGGGAUCAGAUCAGAUUAUGUAGAGAACGGACUGAGCUGACGGCGAAACUCAGAGGAAAUGAAAAGGAAGGAUCAACACAAGGUGGGAAGUCGGAGGAAAAAGAAGAAAAAAAGUGAGCUGUUAUGUUUUGGUGUUUUUUUAAUACUGCGAUGUGCGCGUGUGUGUGAGUGUGUGUGCGGAGCCACGUUCCCGUGUCAAUAUCUCCACUCACUGACUCGACACACUCCGCUGCCCGAGACGUCACGGCGACAGAAAUCACAGCUCUGAGGAAAACGUACACAAACACCAAGGGGCUUUUUGGCCCAAACCAACUCAGAGAUUGUUUGAACAAAUUUAAAAUCCUGUACUAAUGUAUCUUCUCCUGAACGACACUGUCUCCCUGACAACCCCACGAUCAGCGUCCUGCAGCAGAUUCUCUCGUUGACCUCCUCCGGUUUGAACUUUGUCCCGUAAGAGACUGACGGGUUUUUUUCCCACUUACCAACAGGGAUUCACUGGCGAGUCGAUGAUUCGGUGGUUUGAGGAUAAAUGAUAAAAAGCCGAGCUGAUACCCGUGGCUGCUGAAGCUCAGCUCUGUGCGCGUCAGCCAAGGUUUAGCAUUUCGAGGAAGUCGUCAUUGUUUGGCAGCAGCUUCGCUGUUUUCAAGGAGGAGACGCGUCAGUGUUGAAAUAAAUGUAGCUUUGUUUUUUACGAGAGCAAAUAGAAGUCGUAGCAUGAAUAAGAGCGCAGCUGACAGUUCAGGCAAAUUACACACAAAUAUUAAACGCAACACGUCUUUCCAGAAACUAUGUCGUGAUGACUGUGGAUCCUCUGCAGGUUCGUCUCAGUGGACAGUUCCCAGUGGAAUCUGUGGAAAGUCUGUGGAUUAAUCUUCAGGAAUCAGAACGAUGUUUUCUGAAUCGACGCCAACGAUGUCACUUGUAUUUGAAUUAUUCGAGCACGUUGAGAGAAGUUCCCUCCGUGUCACCUGCUCUGGGGGCGGGGUUUGGAAGCACGCAGACAAAACAGGCAAUAAGAAAAGAAGUUUUAUUUUUUGAGAUUAAUGGAAACUGAGGCUUUAAUGGCAACUGCGUGUACAGUGGGGACCAACGCUAUGAGCCAUUCAACUUCAUUAUUUAUCGACAGCCGAACAUUCGGCUCAGAUGGGAACUCGUGGACUCGGUGUCCUGAUGGUGAAGGAAUUCUUCUCCACACGUUUGGACCAUCCAGAGAAUAAAUGACUCUGCAGCCAGCGUUCCUCCCGGGACCAGCUGGGACUGUUUGAACAACAGACGAGUGAAUAAAGAUGGACGAAAGUGAAAUCUCAGAUUCAGCGUUGUUUCGAUCGGACAGCGGAGGGUUUUUGAUAAAUGAAUGUUUCUACGUUUGGCGGAAACAAGAAGACUUGCUUUGCUCCUUGAGCUCUGGUUGUCAACAACACACGGUUGAAAACGUUCUUCUCAUUCUCGGUUUUGUUUUUCGAACACGAGCCGUUUAUCGUGUGGUUGAACUUGAAUUUAUCUUCUGGACGCUCAGUUUCUCUGCGUCUGUUCCGUUUGAGCUGAAUCUCCGUGUAGCUCGUCUGGAGUGAGAGGUGAACGCUGGCGGACGAACACAGCGAUCUGUCUGAGCUCUUUCAAACCUGAGGUUUUUCGACUCUGGAUCUUUUCUUUGAUUUCGACUCGUCAACUGUUGGCUCGCCGGACUUCCACUGUCCACGCGCAGCCAACUGGGCUCAACACACGGCCGGUUGAGAAGCGAGUCACGCACUGCGCCGGCCGUCCCAGAGUGGCAGAAGAAUGUGCUGUUCCUCCCUUGAUUGAGCCCAUUUGGCAGCUCAGGGGCAUAGCUGCGUUGUGCCGGGGUUCAGCCCGAGGGUGGAAUUGACAGUUCCUGGCCGCAAACACAAAGCAGCAACGACUGCUGCGAAUUCCAAACAGACGCGUGAAUCCUGACAUCUGAGACCCGCUUACAUACGUGAACAUGAGAGUAUUUCAUAUGAUACCAGACAAAUCCUGAGCAAAGUGGUUGACAUUCAGACAUCCAGGCUCUCGGCACAGACCCCAGGAAUCCCGUCAGCUGGGGCCAAAAGAAACCUGGAACCUCCGACGCACAGCGAACCCAACACAGAGCGAGAGUUUGUACAUUAGCACAACCGCAAAAACGCUGUCAGCCACUGCUGGGAACAAGCUAACACGCUAACAAACAACUUAUAUAAUAGCAGACGCUCACUUCACUUGCUAGUUGCUGCUUUUGGUGCGAACAGACUCGUCCUAGCACAAGCAGCAGCGGUGGUGGGCGGGGCCUAAGGCUACGACGCCUUCAGAUGGACCUCACGAGCUCCGAUGCUAACGUUAACGUUUCCCUCGGCGUCCAGAGGCUACAAAGACCGAGGCCUCGGCCUUUUCUGAGCACGUGAGCAAACAUGUGCCACUCAGCCACGCGGAGCUGUGGGCGGGACUGUGGGCGGGGCUACGGGCUCAUUGGAGGCUGCACUAGAUCUGGAAUUUCCCAACGAGGAAGCAAAUGUAGAUGUGAAGGUUUUUUUUCCACCAGGGAGGUUUUGUUUUCAUCUGCGCUCAUCUCUUUGUGGGCAGAAAUAUGCAAGAACUACUGAACCCGAUUUCCAUGACCUUGUGUGAAAGGGGGUGGGGCCUGACCCAAGGAAUGACCCAGUCAAUUUUUUGUGGAUCCAGGAAUUUAAAUUACCACUUGGCGAGUUAGGACGCGCUGCGCUCGGCGGAGGUGAACACACUUCUCAGUUUGUCCUGUUGGCAAAACAAGAGUUUGAAAAAGGCCUUGAACAGGAACUCUGUCGAUUUUCUUUUUGCAAUGAUUAAAAUUGUUCUCUAUGAGCAUCACAGAUAUUUCUGGACAAUAUCUGAAGGUGAAAACAGGCUGAACAGUUGGAAACACUUACGUCCAACUCUUUUAUUCCAGUUUGUUAAUCUGGCGCCUCUGAAACAUCUCUGAUGGCUGCAUCACAUGGAAGAGGGUCAUAUUGUGAAUAACAGUAUCUGAUUAUGAUUGGUUGUAUGUGGCCCGGUUCUGGUUUCACGUGCUCUCUGGCAGCUGAGCGCUCGCUCGCUCAGACACGUGAACAGAUGAAAUAACUCGACUUGACUGUUCGGACAUGAACAGUUGAUCUGAUGCGGUGACGAGGUCAAACCUCACGACGCCGCCGCCGCCGCGACUCAGCCACAUGGUCUCUGAUGAUGAUUAUUAGAAGGUUUGAUUUCAUCCUGACUGAACCACACUGCAUCGUUCCCAGACCCCGAACUCUGUCCAUCAUCUGCUUCUCUUCACUUCCAAUGUACAUGCUCCUCUUAAUUUAAACAUUUCUACAGUAACUGUGUCGAGUUGAGGAACAUUGUACCAAAUGUUUCCAUGAGGAUUGUAACUGAUCUCUGCUUUCAUUGUUGUUUGGCAUUUGUAUUAUUAUUAUUAUAUGAUGAUGAUGAUGAUGAUGAUGAUGAUGUAAACUCUCUUGUGCGCUCGGCGAUGUUGUUGUUGUUGUUGUUGUUGUUGUUGGAUUGUUUGUCAGUGAUGUUGUUGUCAUCCAGCAUCUCAACAUUAAAGGGAAUUUAAAGCAAA